AUGGGGAUUGAAACAGUAGACCGCAAUGACUUGUUGCUGUUCGACCAGACUUAUUCGGAGCGACUCAGUCUUCGAGAAUCCCUUCUCCGAGAAUAUCCCGAUGAUGUCGUGGGAGUCACGAACGAAUCAGACACAAGGAUUCGACUUGCGGUGCAAGAGCUGUACAAUUACCUUUUUCAAACUUAUCUCCCUGUCCGGUAUCCGUCUAUCUUCAAGAUCUAUGAGAACAAAGACAGCUCCACUGCUAUGUUAGAGAACUUGGUAACACGUCAAACCCUGCCGAUGACUAUGACAGUUUCAACUCCUCUUCAUGGCGCCUUGAGAACAAUUGCACAGAAUGUCGACGAAGACUUUUUUAUUCUUCUACCUCAAAGACAAGAAGAUAGCAGUGAAGAAGUUUAUGUUCUCGAAGCUUAUGCCGCAUGCUUCCCAUCUGGGUUCCAGCCCAAGGAGAAGAUUGGCAAAAAGCUAGCCGAAAUCCAUGGCCCGGUACCUGGGUACAAGGAAAAGUUGCAGAAAAGUAUGGAUAGAUUCUUUGCUAGGCUUGACCCUGGUCGCUACGUCAAACGCGUCAAUUGGAGUCUUACAGUGGACGAGGAGCUUUUUUCAAACUUUGACAAGAGCAAGCCAGCGUUUGAAGGAACAUUGAAGAAUCUUUCCGUGGAGGACCUAGAUCUUGAAAAGACAUUUUUGCGCUGCGAGCGCCAAACCCUCCACCGUCUUCCAAAUUCCGGGGCUAUUAUCUUUGCUUUCCACACUUAUCUCUACCCAAUUCAGGAUAUCAAAGACGAGGGUAGUGGCGAAGAUCUUGCCCAAGCUAUAGAUGGGCUUGAGAAUGGAAGUGUUCGUGAAAUGUUCACAUACAAAAACGGAGAUAAAUGGGCCAAUGCUGUGAGAGAGUUUCUACGGAGUUAG